CGCCAUGCACGCUAUAUCAGCAGAUAUCAGCAACACAAACUGGGUCUGUGUGUACCUCCGUGCACACCAUUGCACACUCUAAGGCAUUCAAAAUGCCUCUAAUUUUAGGUUUAGUUAAGUUCACCUACUCUAAAACAACCAUGAUUUCUGGAAGAGGUGAACAUGUGUGUGUGGCCAUAUUGAGUGUGGCCCACAUCUCUGUUCUAGCACUUUCUGUCCUGAUGGAAAGAAUUUCACAACCAACUAAAAUAUGGGGAUCCUGCAAGUAAGGUGUGCCACAGAGAACCCACUUGAAUAAAGCACACAUGAUGUCCUCUUCUCCUCUGACUUUAGUUUUCUUGUCUCUUUGACAAAGGGCUUAGUCCGAGCAUAGACGUGACCGGGCGCUCCGCAGCUCUCAGUGAGUGGAAUGACCUGAGUUACGGUCUUUGCUGUAAGUGGCUGGGUUCCCAAGCACCUUAUGCCUAGGCCUCCCCCAACAAGGAUUUAACUGGAGGCACGUAAGAGGCACAAUGUGCUUUCUAUAACUCUCGCUCUCUCUCUCUCGCUGUCGCAUCAUUUUCAGGUUAGUUAUGUGUUAAAGGUUGCCACUGCAGUUGGUAACUACAUUUAACAACACAAAGAAUGUGUGCCAGCAAGUGGAAGCUGAAAAAGCGUCUGCAUAAAUUAAGACAUGACGUUCAUGUGGAAUCCUGCUUCCUCCAUCCGUAUGUCCUCCUUUUACUUCCUCCCUUUUUUCCUCCCAAUUUUAAGCUUUACUAACAUGCUGAAGAACAAGCAGCCCACUCCAGUAAACAUUCGAGCCACCAUGCAACAACAACACAUGGCAAGUGCCCGCAAUCGGCGCCUUGCACAGCAAAUGGAGAACCGCCCUUCAGUGCAAGCUGCUUUGAACCAUAAGCAGAGCUUGAAACAGCGGUUGGGAAAGGGCAACAUCCAGGCUCGGCUUGGCAGGCCAGUGGGAGUGAUGAGAGGAGCUGUAGGAGGCAGAGGACUGCGCGGGAUUGGACGAGGCAUGGGUCGUGGGCGGGGCCGAGGAGGACCUGUGCUUAGAGGAGCUCUAUCUCUCAGAGGCAAACGCAUAGGUGGAGCACCUAUGAGAGGGCGUGGAUCCGCUGGAAGAGUGUCCAUGAGAAGAGGCAGCCGGCAGCGUGGAGGCAUGCCAGGACGUGGAGGGGGCCUGUCCAGAGGAGGAGCUCGGGGAGGAGCCACCAGAGGUCGGGGGGGCUUAAGGGGCCGAGGUGGUUUUGGAGGCCGUGGGGGCAGAGGCAGAGGGCGUGGCCGUGGCUUGGGUCGCCCCACAGUGACCCGGGAGCAGCUGGACAACCAGCUGGAUGCCUACAUGUCAAAGACCAAGGGCCACCUGGACGCAGAGCUGGAUGCCUACAUGGCACAAGCAGACCCUGAUGCCAUGGAGUGACCUGAGCUGGCAAACACUGGUGUCUGGCUUUUUUUCUUUUUUUUUUUAUAAUUUUUUUUUUUUUAACCAUUACUUUUGCUUCUCAAUGUAUUUAUUUUUGUUAACUGCACAAAGUCAAACCUUAAAUUGCCUGUUUUGUACUGAAAAUAAGUAUUGUUUACUUUAUAAGGUCCAAUUUGUCUUUUUUUUAUCUUGACAAAUUGUAAAUUUUUAGUCAAAUGAUGCGGUUUUAAGACUUUAAACCUUUAAAAAUAUGCAUUCAGUGAAAAAAAAUACUGACCUGCCGUGGCAUUUCUGAUCGAUGCUUUAAAAAAAUCUAGACUAAUGAGAACAAUGUUAUGGUUGGUUCUAUUUUAAGGUAUUUUUGGUAGUUUGUGAAGGUGUAAAAUGCAAGUGAUGUCUGGGGUGUGGAGAAAUUGCCUAUAAAUAAAAAGGAUGUUUGAAAUAA